AUGUGGGCCUGCCUGCUGAAUGGGGCAGGGAACCUGGAGACAAAGGACACAGAAGAGGAUGCAGUACAUAGUGCCUUCUCCACACUGGUCUCUACUGAUAAUAUUGGCCUUCAGGAACCACAGGUUCCUGGCUAUGAGAAGACAGAUGAUGUUUCAGAGAAAACUUCUCUAGCUGAUCAAGAAGAACUGAGAACUAUAUUCAUCAAUCAGCCUCAGCUAACCAAAUUCUGCAAUAAUCACGUCAGCACUGCAAAGUACAACAUAAUCACAUUCCUGCCAAGGUUCCUUUAUUCCCAGUUCAGAAGAGCUGCUAAUGCAUUUUUUCUUUUUAUCGCAUUACUUCAGCAAAUACCAGAUGUAUCACCAACAGGCCGUUAUACAACAUUGGUCCCUCUCUUAUUUAUUUUAGCUGUAGCUGCAGUGAAGGAGAUAAUAGAGGAUAUUAAAAGGCAUAAAGCUGAUAAUGCGGUGAACAAGAAACAAACUCAAGUACUACGAAAUGGUGCAUGGGAGAUUGUCCACUGGGAAAAGGUAUGUGUUUAUGUUGGUGACUUUUAG